AUGUCUUUCAACGCAUAUUGUCGUGAAUGUGCUACACACUUUGCUGAUCCAUUCACCAAGGGACAACACGUUAACAUUGUUCAUUACGGAGUACCACCUCCAGACCCAGAAAUUUCCGAGGAUACAUUUUAUGCAAUCAAUUCCCAUGUUCCACAAGUCCGAGUGAAAACAUGUCCAGUCUGUCUCAUUCAUUUUAGCUCGCUUAGUGCGUGCGUCUUUCACGUGGAUACUUGCCAUCCAAGCCAACAAUCAUGCUCUCUAUUCCGCCCAACUAAAGAGGCUGUUAUUUACGAAUGGGAACGUCUCGUCGAGGUGAUUUAUCCUGGGACAUUUGCUUUGUUGAGAAAAAAUUGGCGCAUCAACCGAGAGAGAUGCACCAACGAUGAUUUUUCAAACACUUGGAGCUGCACAGAGUGUGAAAAGAAGGAAAAGGACAAAAAAAAGGGCGACGACGACGACGACGACGAUUCGCUAGAAAAUGACAAAAUUUUCAUUGACACUGAUGACGAAUCUGAUGAAUACUAA